AUGAGCUGCCCAGCAGGAGAAGAGCUGGAGCAAAGCCUCAGAGCUGGCCUGACCUCUUCGGGUAAAGCCUGCAUGGGUCACAUUCCAGUUGCUCUCGGUCAGUCAGUGGGAGCAGCCCCAGUGGAAACCAGUCUCGCUCUGGGCCAUCAUGAAACCUUUGGUCACCAGUUUCUGACUUGCGGACCACCCUCCACCUUUCUGAAGCUGACAGUGAAGGAGGCCAAUGGGAUUAUUGGGAAGGAUGCAACCGGUUUCAGUGACCCUUACUGUUUGCUGGGGCUGAGGGUGUCCGAAGAAACCCACGAAGAAGAUACCCAUAAAAUCGAGAGUCCCCAGCCUAGGAGACGCCAGAAAGCUGUGAUGAAGGAGGUGAUCCCACAGCAUCAAAUUCAGAGAACAGAGGUCAAGAGGCAGACCCUGAACCCCACCUGGAAUGAAACCUUUCUCCUGGAAGUCAAAGAUAUCCAUCUUACUGAGCUUUAUGUGGAAAUGUGGGACCUGGAUGAUGAUGAAUCUGCAAAUGUGCGCCUGGCUGAAAUCCAUGGGAUCCAUGGGCUGAAGAGGCUCUUCAAAGACGUGAAGAAGGCAGCUCGAAAGCAUGAGCAGGAUGAUUUUCUGGGGAAUGUGGUCAUUAAGCUACAGGAUCUGCCCUACACUUCUGAAGAUAAAUGGUACACUCUGGAACCUUGUACUGAGACCUAUCCUGAUCGGGGCAAGUGUCACCUCCAGCUGAAGAUCAUCCACGAGCAGAGGGACACCACCUUGAGCAGACAGGAGCCUGUCUUUCGAAUUCAUCGAGGCCUGCUGCAACAGUUUGUACAGUUUGAUCGGCUGAAAAAGCAGGCAGGAGAUGUCCAGGGGGAAGUAGAACUCAGUGCACCGGCCUCUACUGUGCUGGCUCUCCAUGCUACACAGUGUGACCUUUCACCCUUCCUUCAGGAUCUGGCGAAAUGGCUGGCCUACAGCAAGCUGUACCGAUCCGUGGAAGUCAGCUACACCUCCCUCCUCCAGCACCUGACCAGCAUCGAGUACCAGUGGGGACUGGCACAGGUCACCCUACAACAAGAGGCGCAAGAUGAAUUGGCAGAGUCUUUCAUGUCAUUCCUGGAUUAUGGAAUUUCGCUCACCCAGAAGUACAGGGAGGUAUUUCCAAUCUCCGAUCCCAAAUCAAUUGAGCACCAGCAGUCCCUGCUCAGGGUGCUGGUACAGAUCUGUAAGAUGAAGGCUUUCCACAAACUUUGUUCGUCGGUUCCUGGUCUCCAUGACAGAAUUGUUGAUGCCAUUAAGGCUGGAACCUCUGAGUGGUAUUAUGCCCAGAAGCAGCUGUUGGAGCCCAUGAUAAAGACGGAGGAAGAAAAUGUGAAAUCCCUGGUGUUGUUUGUAGAUCAGCUGAAUACUGACCUUACAAACGACCGGAAAAAGCGUUUGAAGAUUUUCACAGGGACUGUUAAAGUCAAUCUAUUCAAUAUCACCUAUCUGCAGAUCCAGAAAUUGGUGGCCGAGGAUCUGCAGGAACAAGUGGUAAGCACUGGAGGUGGCAGGAGCAAGGCAGUUAUUGAGGGUCUCUACCAGUUGUACCAGAAGCUCAAACAGCUCCUGCAUCAACAAAUUUACCUUUCACCAAGCGAAGACUCUCUUCCACUGAACGACUUCCACAAAUGGUUCAGCGACUCUUUGCCAAGGUGGUUACAGAUGGUGUACAACAAUACAGUGGAGAUGGUCCAGCGAGCGGUACAGAAAGAUCAGCUGGAGAGCCUGGGAGAGAAGGCCAAGCACAGCAACUCUGCUGUAGAUAUUGCAACCUGCUACCUCAAGAUCAAACAGACAUGGACCCAGCUGAGCUGGCCAGACUCUGAGGAAGCUUUCGUCAUCAUGGUCAAGCUGACUGAGGAUAUGUGCAAAGUUGCGUUAAUGUACUGUCGACUCAUUGAGCAGAAGGCAGAGGAACUGUCAUCCAAGGGAGAUCACGAAAACGCAAAUGAUUCAGAUGUGAAUGCCGUGAGGUCACUGCAGCUCUGCGUGGUUCUCAACAACAUGAGGCAUCUUCGGGAGAUCAUUUCCCGGUUGCCGGAGGACCUGGACUGGCAGGGACUAAAGGAGGACACAGCCAGCAUGAUCUCAGUGGAUCAGAUCCAGAACACACUGCACACCCAGCUCGAGAGGGUCAACGACCAAAUCAACAAUAAGAUCCAGGGUGUGAUCCAAACCCUCGCACAGAAGCUGCAAGCAGACAUAAAGAAACACAUCCACAGCCUGUCCACAUCCAGCCAUGAACUGCCAUUGGAUGAUUUGCUAGUGCCUCUGAUGAGCUUUCUGGAGACUGAAUUUGCAUACAUGGACACAAACCUGGUGAAAGAGAAUUUUCAGAGCCUUCUAGGUUUCCUUUGGAUGCAUGUAAUUGAUGUCAUCAGCUUAACGUCAAAUUAUUGUGGGGUUUCUCAGGAACUGUAUUCAAGGUUGAGCUACACUCUGCAGAGUUUGUUACAGUGCUUCCACGCUGAAGGAAAUGGUCUGCCACUGGACAAACUCCACACCACCAGCUUCGAGGCUCUUGAUGCUCAUUUGACUCUGAACGCUGCAAGCAGUCACCAAUUAAUCCAGAAAUAUUGUGCAAAGAAGAUUCAGGAGCAGGCUACUGAGGAAUCGUCCAAAUAUGGUGCCAUCACUGUAAAAGCAUUUUAUGACAAUCAACUCCAAAAGCUGCAUGUAGAAAUCCUAAAUGCAGUCAACCUCAUUCCACUGGAUUCAAAUGGUGCCAGUGAUCCUUUUGUGGAGUUGACUUUGCAACCUAAGCAUGUCUUCCCACUGGUUGAAGGCAAAACCACAAAAUGCAAGUACAAUGACCUCAAUCCGCUGUUUGAUGAGAGCUUUGAAUUCAGCGAUAUUACUCCAGAGCAGUGUCGGACUGAGGGAGCCUGCCUGCUGCUCACUGUCUUCGACCAUGACACCUUGCUCAGUGAUGACCUGGAAGGCGAAGCGUACUUGCCCCUGCAGGACGUCCCAGGACUGGACAGCACAGAUGGGACCCUCACCAUCAGCAAGGUUCCUCAGACCCGACUGACUCUUGGCCAUCCAAAACGAAAAGAAGACAAUAUACUGAAGCUACUUGAGGCAAGGAAAGGGGACCGAGAUGCUCAGGCCUUCAUUAAGAUGAGAAAACAACGAGAACGGAAGUCGAAGGAGAUGUAAAGGUUGAGGGAAUCUACAAGAGGGGUUUCAGGCACCUGGUAUUUCACUGACAGCUGGUGAGCACCUCAGCCACACAGCGUGCUACAAGGAAAGCUGCAAGCUGUCUAUUGGUGUGUAGUGGCUGGGAGCUAUUCCUCCACGCUGGGCAUGGGUUUCUGGUACAGACAUUGUUUGGGAUUGCCUACCCUCGGGUUAUAGUGACUCUUCAAAAUGCUCACCCUCCUCUGCCUUAGUCUCUCCAUUGAACUUGGCAACCCUGCUUCUGCAGACUCAAUAUUUCAGUUAAUUUUCAGGAGAUUCUACACAGGGCUUCAUUGAAUCCCAUGCUAGCUUUGAAAAUGUUCUUUGUGUUCUGAUGUUUAUAACUCUACCCCGCUGAAACUUAGUUAUACAGCAAUAGAGAUUAAAUCAGAUUUUUUGUGAGUUAAUAUUUUAUUUAAUAUAAAUAAAGCUUUGUGUUGAGGUUCAAUUUAAUUUUGCUGCAACUACUUGCAUGAUUUUUGUAUAUGGCCCAGGAUGGUAUCAAGUCUGCCCCUCUCUUCAGAGGAGAAGGAGCUCCAUUCUGUCGGUGAUGCCAAUGUCAAUGCAAAGUGCCACAAGUGCCAAUAGAAUAGUUGAAUUGGCUUGGAGUUGUCCCAGUGUCGUGGCCAAUACUUAUCUGAAAUAAACAUAUGAAAACAGAUCACUGUCUGUCAUUUUUGUUGUUAACUGAGCCUUAUAGCCAGGCACCACUGCUUUAUCAGAGCUCACCUGUACUGGAAUCUAGCUGUGCGUGAAAAACAGACCCUCUGCUUUAUCAGAGCUCACCUGUACUGGAAUCUAGCUGUGCGUGAAAAACAGACCCUCUGCUUUAUCAGAGCUCACCUGUACUGGAAUCUAGCUGUGCGUGAAAAACAGACCCUCUGCUUUAUCAGAGCUUACCUGUACUGGAAUCUAGCAAUAAUGAACAAUAAUGAAAAACAAACCCUUGGCUGCUCUGUAAAUUUUUCCCCUCACAUUAAACCUUAGGAUAAAGGUUUAAAAUCUUAAAUCUUGGGGAAAAAAACUGUGACUGUCUACCCCUAUCUAUGUCCCUCAAAUUUUAUAAGCAUAGAGUUCAUCCCUCAUCCUUUAAGUCGCAAUCUCAAUGACUCUCCAUACGGUCUUAGACCACCUGGACAACACAAACACCUAUGUCAGGAUGCUGUUCAUCGACUAUAGCUCAGCAUUUAACGCUAUCAUUUCCACCAACCUGAUCGAUAAGCCACAGAACCUGGGCCUCUGUACCUCCAUCUGCAAUUGGAUCCUUGACUUCCUAACUGGAAGACUACAAUCUGUGCAGAUCGGUGAUAACAUAUCCUCCUUGCUGACGAUCAACACUGGUGCACCUCAGGGGUGUGUGCUUAGCCCACUGCUCUACUCUCUAUAUACCCAUGACUAGGUAUAGGUCAAACACCAUCUUUAAAUUUGCUGACGAUACAACCAUUAUUGGUAGAAUCUUGUUUGACAAUGAGAGGGCGAUCAGGAGUGAGAUAUGCCAACUAGUGGAAUGGUGCCACAGCAACAACCCGGCACUCAUCGUCAGUAAGAUGAAAGAGCUGAUUGUCGACUUCAGGAAGGGUAAGACAAAAGAACACAUACCAAUCCUCAUUGAAGGGUCAGAACCGGAGAGAGUGAGCUGUUUCAAGUUCCUGGGUGUCAAGAUCUCUGAGGAUCUAACCUGGUCCUAACAUAUUGAUGCAGCUACAAAGAAGGCAAGACAGCGACAAAACUUCAUUAGGAGUUUGAAGAGAUUUGGUAUGUAAACAAAAACACUCAAAAACUUUUAUAGCUCU